AAAUAAAAAGAAACGAAAACACAACACGAAUCCUCUUUCCAUCUUCAGUUAACUCGGUAAACCCAUCUCCGGCAAAGAGGAACGAUAUCAGUGACGGCGCGUCACCAAUCUCCGGCGACACUACCAAUUUCUCCGUCAACUCACGCACUUCUCUGAGGUAUGGAGGAUGCCCCAGCUGAUUUGAGACCUAACAACAUUGCUGAACCAGUUGUUGAUUCUCUUGAUUUUGCUAAAAACUUUGCUACUGAUGAUAAAUUUAGUACUCGAGAUGACUUGUUGAAAUGGGUUCGAGGUGAAGCACUCAAGUUAGGGUUUGCUAUUAUUAUUGCAAAAUCAGAUAAUGGAUCAGAUACAAGAAAACAAACACUUGUACUUGGAUGUGAAAGGGGUGGUGUAUAUAGAAAACGCCAGAAGAAACUGAAAGGCCAAGACAGAAGAACCAUAAAAUGUGAGUGUCCUUUCAGAUUGCGGGGUUAUUUUUUGAGCUCCGGUGUUUGGAAAAUUACUGUAGUGUGUGGAAAACACAAUCAUGAGAUGAAAAAAGAUUUAGAAGGUCAUCCUAUUGCACGUCGUCUAAAUAUCGAAGACAUAAAACUUGUUCAAGAGAUGACAAGUAACAGGGUCCAACCAAAAAAUAUUCUUAUGACUUUAAAAAAAAGAAGGUAUGACAAUGUGGCUAAUAUCAAACAUAUUUAUAAUGUGCGUCACAGAUAUAACAAGUCUAUAAAGGGAGAAAUGCAACAUCUGAUGGAUCUUUUGGUUGAAGGCGAUGAUGUCCCAAAUGAAGGUCAUCCAGAUAUAUCUCUUACGGAAGAGUGGGAAGCGAUCCAGGUUCGGUUUAACAAUGCUGAUUACAAUACGAAGAUACAUAUGAAGGAGCAGCUGCGUCAAAUAGCAUUUCCAGAAACGACAUCACUGUGUCCACCUGCUGAGAAGGAAAAUGAGAACUUACCUUUCUCAUUUGUGACUUAAAAACUUGCGAAAUGUAAUGCUUUAAAAGUGGUUUUAAUGGAAAACAAAUGUAAGAAGGGUUUUGGGAUUUUGAGAGAAUAUGGCUGAGGUUUUGCAAACAAUAUGAAAUAAGGAAGACCUAAACUUAGCAAACUCAGCACCACCCACAAGGUGUUGAGGUUUGAACCUAUGAUGUUUACUAGUCAUUUUGAUGUCAAUGCUUUUAAUUUACCUAAUAAAAGUGUAGUUACGUUAUAUUUUGAGGAAAUACAAAAAUAUCUUAUUUGUCUCCA